CAGCUGUUUUCCGGUGACAGCAGUGGAAUGACAACACACUCAGUCUCGGCCCUUUUCCACUCCGAGCUGCCCGCAAAACACCGACAAAAAAAGAAGCUGCCCACCCAUUGGUCUCCGGGGACUGUGUUUGAGGACUUUAUUCUUUAUGAACCUCUGGGAGAAGCAGCAGCAGCAGCAGCAGCAGCAUCAUGGCAGAUGACAAGGACGUGUUGAGAGACGUUUGGUUCGGCCGGAUCCCCACCUGCUUCAACCUGAACCAGGAUGAGGUGACCGAGAGAGAGGCAGAGCCCUACUAUCUGCUGUUACCCAGAGUGAGCUACCUGACGCUGGUCACAGAUAAGGUGAAGAAACACUUCCACAAAGUGAUGAAGGCCGAGGACGCGGAGGAGAUGUGGUUCGAGUACGAAGGGACUCCUCUAAAGUGGCACUAUCCAAUCGGAGUGCUGUUUGACCUCCACGCCCCUAACACCGUCUUACCCUGGAGCAUCACUGUGCACUUUAAGAAUUUUCCAGAUCGCGACCUGCUCCACUGCCAGUCCAACUCUGUGAUCGAGGCUCACUUCAUGUCCAGCAUCAAGGAGGCCGACGCCCUCAAGCACAAGAGCCAAGUCGUCAACGACAUGCAGAAGAAAGACCACAAGCAGCUGUGGAUGGGCCUGCAGAACGAUAAGUUCGACCAGUUCUGGGCCAUGAACAGGAAGCUGAUGGAAUAUUCUACCGAGGAGGGCGGCUUCAGAUACAUCCCCUUCAGGAUAUACCAGACGAUGAGCGACCGGCCGUUCAUCCAGAAACUGUUUCGUCCUGUUUCUCCUGAAGGCAGCAUGCACACACUUGGAGACCUGCUUAAAGAGACGUACCCAGCAGCUUUACCAACUGAAGGCGAGCAGAAACGUUUCCAGGUGGUGAUCCACGGCAUCGAGCCGCUGCUGGAGACUCCUCUGCAGUGGCUGAGCGAACACCUCAGCCACCCGGACAACUUCCUGCACAUCUGCAUCAUCCCCGUCCCCACUGAUUGAGGCCACGCCCCCUUUUUUCUCACUCCUCACCUCACUGUCACGGUGACAACCGACCAACGAAACCAGCGGACGCAUCAUCUCGCUGGAGGACUCCUGAAACGGUAGCGCUUACACAGGAAACAAAAAAAAACUCCUAAAUGAGCCGGAGAUGAGAAACUGUAACGAUAAAGAUGACCAAAGGACGUGAAGGAGGUCUUUAACGCUCCGCCCUUUACACCUGGUCGUCUGUUCAUAUUUCUCCUCCUCUGCGCUCAUAUGAAAAGACUUUUCUGCAGGUGAAGAGGUCGUAAAGCGAGCAGAGGAUCUCUCCUUUUUCUACUCUGUUAUCUCCAAUCUCCACCUCCUUCUCCUCGUCUCCAAACAAACAAACAUCUCCACAUGAAGAGAGGAGGAGGAGGAGGAGGAGGAGGAGGGAUCCCUCGUUUCUCCAUCCUGCCAUACAUCUUCCUGCCGGUCGAGACAGAGACGGUGGUGUCGACGGGGAGCGGCUGGAGAGUCCUGCUGAAGUUGCCUUAGUUAUUAACACGUUCAUGCUUUUUCAUUGGGGUUAGGGUCUGGACAUGCUCUGAGUUUACAUCACGGACUGCAACACUCAUCAUCAACUCCAAAAUAAAAUCUGUCCGAGAAAUUCUGCUGAUCUGAGGGUAGCCAUGACACUUUUGGAUUUUCUUUUUUUUUUUCUUCUUUUAUUUAACCAGGAAAGAAACUCAUUGAAAUUAAAAAUCUCUUUUUCAAGAGUGUCCUGGCCAAGACAGGCAGCAAAACAUUAAGAGAGUUUCACACGGACAACGAGCAGCCAAUCUUUCAAAUACAGAAUACAUUAGACAUUAAAAAGACACAAAUAACAAAUCUGAACAGCAAAAUGUUUGUCAAAAAAUCAUCCACAAAUACAUCAGGAAGAACAUCUACAGCCAGAUGUAUCCGCGUCCAAGUCAUUUAACUUUCUCUUAAAAGCAUCCAACGAGAGAAGUUCAUUAAGUUUUUCUCACUGAACCGGCACACUUUGAAAGAUCGAAACCAGGAAACUAUUUUUAGAUCAUUUGUGGUGUAAAAAAGGUACAAAAGUUGUUUGAAUUUCCUGGAGAUCGCUUCAUCCGGCAGCCGUAACACGGGCUGUUAAAAGCUCCUGAUCAAAGCUCGGAUUGAUCCGAUAUGAUUCUAGUAAAACUCUUUAACAAUAUCGGUAAAUGUUUGGAUCCACAUAAACGAAAAUAAAAGUCUCAGAUGCUCAGUAUUCGUUUUUAUUACCUUAUAACUGCAGACAAACUCCUGCACGCUAUAACGCUAUAAAUUGCACAAAUGCGACACAUUGCCAACAUCGGACCGAAUUGGCACGAGGGCCCAAUUCUCGUCUUGUCACAACUGACUGUCAGUCCAAAUAAUCCUCAGGUGUGUGGCGUCACUACCAUUAUGUUUCUGCUCCUAAACGGGUCGGAGCGUCCUGAUAUCCAACAUGUUUGAUAUUUAUGAUUCCAGGUCGAGCUGCCUCCGACAGAAUACCAGCAGCAGCCAAUGAGAGCGAGCAGAAUUGGAAGCGUCACCAACCGGAUGUUGCGUUCUCUGACAUCUCGCCCUCAGCUCGCCGUGCAAUUAAAUUAAAGCCGCCCAUGAUCCGUCCUCUCAGCCUGGAUCUCAUUUUCUGUUUUUCGCUGCUAAAGCACAGCAUGACAGCGAGCUGACGCCGUCCAUCGUCCAUCAGGGGCGUGUCCAGACUUUUUUCUCUGGGGUGACCCACCUGGGACACUUGACUUCUGCCGGCUUGGCGUGAAGUCACAAAGUCACAUUUUAAAGCAUUUAGAAAAUCAUGUGCAAACUCCUGUUUGUUUGUUGUAAAAACACAUUUAUGGCGGUUUAGUCCGCUGAACGUUCGACAGCGUGCACAAGAAAUGAAAAAGGAAACGACCAGCAGCGUGUUGAAAACAAACAGAGAAGGUGAUUUUAACUUAAAUUUGCCUCUAAUGAGUCAAAGAGUUGGAGAUUUGGGGUGGCCAAUCAGAUUUUGAGGGGGGCCCGUGCCACCCCUCUGGACACGCCCCCGGGUGGAACCAAUUCUACAAACCGCAGCUGUGUGGUCUCGUGGUCGAGUCGUCUAGCGUGUGUAACGUUAAACUUCAGUUAAACCGUCCUCGUGUCGGUGGUUUCCACGAUUUUAAAAAAUGGUUAAGAUUUGAAAAUAGUUUAGUGUGUCUCCAGCUUCAGGAGAAAAAUGACCUCCAAUGAAACAGAAGGUCGAUCUCUGUCAGCAUCGUAUCAGAAGAAAAACAAACUGAGUGGACGGACUCGUGCAGCAUCAUCGAGGAAGAGAGUCACCGGAGAUAAACCAAAACUUUGGUACCCUCAAGUUAUCGAGGCAUCAGAAGACAAAUAUCAUCAAUGAUAAGAAUUCCCUUUGAAGGUUCAGCUUUAGAUCAAAAACAGUUUAACCUUCAAGAAGACGAUUUUCAAAUAUUGAUCUGUAAAGAUCCAGAAUCAGUCAGAAGUGAACAGUGAUGAGCGUCUCCUCUCUGUGUUUUUGGAGCGUGUCUCGAUGUGUCUCUCUCUCUCUCUGCAGACGUCCGAUGGAGCUUCAGGACGUUCUCAGCAGAACCUGCACGUGUUUCUCUCUAACAGGUGUUUUAAUUUCUCCUCCAUUAACGCGACAGUUUGGCUCUUUCACUGCCUGUUUCUGUCACGUUUGGAUCGAGCCUUUUUGUCCGCUGCCAAGUUUAAAUGAGCAUCUGGUUUCUGUUCCUCUUGAAGAGCUCGGGCUGAGAUAACGAGACGCGUUUAGCUUUAAGUCUGCAGGCUGUCGGGGGCCGCGCUCGCCCCGUGGAAGCUUUCAUUGUCAGAUUUAAGAACAGGAAAAACACUAACUUUAGUUUCCUCCUUUUUGGGAUAUUUAGAACAUUUUUAAUCGCUUUCUUUUCUAGCUGCCUUUCCAUUUUCUUUUUUAUUUGACGUCUGUUCAUGAAUAAAUAAUACGACAUGUAAAUCAGCUGACACUUAUCCAGAAUGACUUCUAAUAAAGGUGAUUUGAUUUAAAUA